AUGUGUAGUAACUCCCACUCCGCCUCCCUCACUCUCUCCCUCACUCCCUCUCCCUCCCACUCCCCACCUCCCUCCCUCACUCUCCCCCCCUCACACUCUCCUUCAUCUCUCCCCCUGCUCCCCACACACUCCCCCCUACCCCUCUCCCCCCCAAUCCUGCCAAUGACUGUGCUCCGACCUUUGUCAAUGUUCUGUCUUACCCUCAAGUUCUUUACAAAGCUUCCACCUUUUACCCUUAUCCGCCUACCUGGGCCUAAGGGGAGCGGCGCAGAGGGGAGAGUGGAGGGCGCGGGGGAGGAGGGCGGGGGCGGAGAUGCGGAGAGCAGGGGGAGGAUAACGGGCGCGGGAGCGGGGGCGGAUGGGGAAGCGGAGGGGGGAGAGGAGGAGAGGGGAGCAGUGGCGGGGGGAGAAGCGGAGGAAGCAAGCAGGUGGUCGGAAGAGGGGGAUGAGGCAAUGUGGGGAAGAGUGGUUGGGGGGAGGGACGAAGGGGAAGAAAGGAAGGAGGCGGAAGAGGAGGAGGCGGAAGAGGAGGAAGCGGGGAGGUCAUGA